ACGGGCAGCUAGCUUCCGAGUAAAGUAAGACAGCUGAGCUCCCAGGUACGUGCAACCUCGAGAGUGCAGCUCUGGGCUCUAGCUAAUCCGGAAGCGGCAUAGGAUAGGAGCGAGCGGUGCAUAGAUUAGCUGAGGAAGGAGGGAUAGCCGGAGAUGGUGCUGCACGCCGCGCGUCGUGUCGCACUGUUCUUGCUCGUCUGGGCGGCGGCUGGUCGAGCGGCUGCUUCGCGCGAUGAAUAUGAUGGCCCGCUGCUGAACGGCAACUUCGAGGACACGCCGGACAGGUCCCAGAUGGACGGCCUGAAGGUGCUGGGCCCGGACGCGAUCCCGUACUGGAAGACCACGGGGUUCGUGGAGUACGUGGAGCGUGGCGCGAAGCAAGGCGACAUGGCUCUGACGGUGCCGGAGGGCGCGCACGCCGUGCGUCUGGGCAUCCAGUCCUCCAUCGAGCAGCAGCUCAGCGUGACCCCAGGCAGGCACUACGCCAUCACCUUCAGCGCGGCGCGCACCUGCACCCAGGCCGACGAGCGGCUCAACGUGUCGAUCCUCCCCGACGGCGUGGCCGCGGGCGAGCUCCCCAUCCAGACGAUAUACAGCCACAACGGCUGGGACUCGUACGCCUGGGCCUUCAAGGCCAAGCACGGCCUCGUGACGCUGGUCAUCCAUCACGCCGACGACAAGGUGGAGGACCCCGCGUGCGGCCCCAUCGUCGACAACAUCUCCAUCAAAACGCUCAACCCUCCACACAUCACCCACGAUAACUUCCUGAGGAACGGCGGCUUCGAGGAGGGGCCAUACAUCAACCCGGGCUCCGAGUCGUGGGGCGUCCUGCUGCCGCCGACGAACGAAGACCCGAUCUCGCCGCUGCCGGGGUGGUCGAUCAUGUCCUACUCCAAGGCCGUCAAGUACAUCAGCUCGGAGCACUCCCGGGUGCCGCACGCGAACGGCACGCGCGCCGUGGAGCUGGUGGCCGGAUUGGAGGCCGCGCUUGUUCAGGAGGUGGACAUCAUUCCCGGUAGGUCGUACAAGCUGGAGUUCACCGUCGGGGACGCGGCCAACGGGUGCGUGGCGCCCAUGAGCGUGAUGGUGGCCACGGCGCACGGGAGCCAGAGCGUGACGCACAACUCCACGGGCACCGGCGGGUGCACGCGCGGCAGGGUCGACUUCACGGCGGAGGUGAACCACACGCGGGUGGUGUUUUAUAGUUCGGGUUACCACACCACGUCCGACGGCACCGGCACGCUCUGCGGCCCCGUCAUCGACGACGUCUCGCUCGUCUUCGUUCACCCGCAUGCUCGCCGGUUGUUUCGCUGAUGCCUCGCGAAAGCUGACGGCGAGAUGGAAAUUGAGUGAUUGUUUUUCUCUUCUUCUCGGUAGAGCUUGAAAGUGGAAAAUGACCGUGCGGAGACCAGGGCCCUAUGAGAUGUUUUGGGUCGGUGCGAAAUCAAAAAUUGUAAGCGCUGGUUAAAUAGAAGCAAAAUAUGAAAAGAAAGUGGUUUUGCUAAUGAAAAGUCGUCUGUUUUUUGUUUGAGAUAA